AUGGGUCCAGGUGUACAACAUUCAACACUGGAUGACUACUGGAGCUUGUGGAACUGGCAGAAGCCUGUUGAUCUUGAUUUUCAUCUGUUGAAGCAUCUUGCUGAGGCCCUUCUCAUGUCGAAGAAGCACCACAAGAUUGCAGAAAGAUUCUCCUCAAUGUUUGCACCUGCCACCAUCAUCAAGUGGCAGGAAAUGAUCGCAGACUGGAAUGUGGACAAAAUACAGCCCAAUCCAUAUGUGGAGCUGACCACAUCUACAACCAUGGCGACAAUUUGCUUGGAGCUUGCAGAGGAAGAAGCACUAGAGGCACUGCAGGGUGCACCACCUCCCCAUGAGCAGCUGACAGUGAGCAAAUUCAUUCACCUUGAUCUCGAACUCAAAGACAGACAGCACGUGCUGCAUGUCAAAGGUGAGAAAGUGCUCCACAAUCCAUUAAAGAAGGCCACCUUGCAGGAGAAAAGGAACACCCUCAUGCAGCAUAUCAAGACAUGGAUGGGAUUUCAAGCUACAUACAUGCCUGUCAUCUCCAUAUUCUGCGAUACUAACACUGUCGAUGAGACUGCAGCAGAGGGGAAUCAAGUGACCCCCACAGAGCACCUGAAGUUGUAUCUGCCGUCGGAGCUAGCACAGCCAGAGUGA